CCUUACAAGGCCCGCAAAGCACCUAAGACACUCAGCCGUCAGCCAUCAUGGACCCCGAGGAUCCCUCUAGUGGGUUCCGGCAUGGCAAGGUGUUAACGUUCAUCAAUGAGCAAAUGUCCAAGCAACCAGAAGGCCCAGCGUUCUACCAAGAGAACCUGUCCCUCUCCUGGGAGGAGGUGGAAGAAAAGCUCCGAGUCCUCCUGGAGGAUAGCGAGAAGCCAAGCCAGGCUCAGGAAGCCUGUGCCUGGGGCGGCCUGGCCCUGGGUGUUCGCUUCGCUUGGAGGCAAGGCCACUUGCAAAGGCGCAGAGUGCAGUGGCUGCACGACUUCGCCUCCCUGCACCGGUCAGCGGCACAUGCCUUGGCCUCUGACCUGAAGAAGCUCACAGACCAGCAAGAGAUGGAGCGCAAAGAGGCGGCCUUCCAGCUUCAGCUGGCCCAUACCAAACUGGCGGAGGUGCAGAGAGAGCGGGACCUGAUGAGACUGAAGCUCCUACACGCAAGAUUUGCCACCCCUGUGAGAAUUCUGAAAGCCUACAGAUUAUGCCAGCACCAGAUGCAAACAAGGACUUCUGUGACUGUACAGCCUCUUAAGAGAAUGCUUCCACAGUGGGCAGAACCGUGGACAGGUCUGAACAGGAAACUCCACUACUCCAAGUCCUCAGGCAGAAGGAAGACUGUACCUGGACCAGACUGAGAUACAACUGGAAGACUCCUGCCUAUCUCUAGAGACUGUGAACCUGGAGAAGCUGUUGUGUCAUGGGACACCUGUAAUAGCAGAAAUGUGACUUUGGGUUGUCUGUUGUUGGUGACAGUACAGUUAUCUUCAGGACUGGAGGCCAGAUUUCCACCCUGAAAUUUUUCGAAUGUCUUUUGGGCUUGUUUAUCUCCCUCUACUUCAGGGUUUCCUAACCUUAUUGCACUUGGCAUCUGGAUUUGGACAGUUCUUUGCUGUGAGGUAAGAGUUCUUGUGCACUGUGAGGCACUCAGCAGAUUCCUAGCCUGUCUGUGUGACCCAUUCCCAACCCUUCAGUUUUGACCACCAAAACUGCCUCUGCAUAGUGCCACAUGUCCACUAGAGGGCAAAAAAAAAACAACCUGCAUUGGGAACCUGACACAAUGAAGUACAUAGCCAUGCAAGCAGGUAAAGACAAGGACAGAGACAAGGACACAGAGGAUGAAGCUGACUGAAAAAUGUCCACUAGGUCUGGUGCUUACGUUGGAUCUUCAAGAAAACUCAGGGUGGUGUGACACCAAACUUCCAGGACUGAGGAGUGAAGGAACUUCUACAACAGUGGUUCUCAGCCUUCCUAAUGCUGAGACCCUUCAUGUUGUAGUGACCUCCAACCAGAAAAUUAUUGCCGUUGCUACUCUAUAACCACAUAAUUUUACUACUCUCAUGAAUUGUAAUGUAAAUAUCUGUGCUUUCCAGUGGUUUUAGGUGACCACUGUAAAGAGGCCAUUUGACCCCCCCAAAGGGGCCGUGACCCACAGUUUGAGAGCCUGUUUUCUACAAGGACUCUAGGUUGCGAAGGGAAAAAGUCAAGUGAGAUUCAUGAUUAAGAGAGGGCUAUUUGUCACUUAGCCAACAUGCUUGGGAAAAAGAUAUUUGGGUAUCAUAGAGUUUUCCUGAGAUAAACAUUCCAUCCUGCAGGAAAGCUCCUUAAGACUCAGGUGUUUUAAAAGAAGACUCAUUAUUAGAAACUUGAGCUAUUAAAUGUAAGAGAAAAAAAUGGUCUUAUGUACUGGAUGGCUGUAUGGGAGGCAUAGCCAAUGGUAUUAAAAGAAAAACAGUACUAUGAAAGGGAUCAUUUUUGUUUUAUGUUAGAAUAAAAGUUUUUUAAAGUUCUUAGGUAU